AUGCACUGCAAAUUCAUUUACUUGCUGCUUUGGCUGAUGGUCAUCGGCCUGAUCCAGGGAUCGUUGCAAUAUUCGCAACACUAUCCAGAAGUCGCACAACCGAUUCCACAUCAGCCAGUGGCAAGCGGAACUCAUCCGCGGCAGCCAUUGGCAAGCAACUAUCCUGCACUGCCAGUGCCAGGUUAUCCAGCUCAAGAAGUGCCUGAAUAUGCAGGGUUACCAGGAUCACCAUUGUCGGGUUCACCCGGUCUCGUCUAUCCCGGCAAUUCAGUAUACCCUAGACCACAAUCAUCGGGUCGACCUGGUCUCAUCUAUCCCGGCAAUUCAAAGUACUCUGGACCACAAUCAUCGGGUCAACCCGGUCUUGUUUUUCCCAGCAAUUCAGUGUACCGUGGACCACAAUCAUCGGGACAACCCGGUCUCGUUUUUCCUGGCAAUUCAGUAUACCGUGAACCAGAUCCGUCGGGUCGACCCGGUCUCGUUUAUCCCGGCAAUUCAGCGUACCCUGGACCACAAUCAUCGGGACAACCCGGUCUCGUUUUUCCCAGCAAUUCAGUGUACCCUGGACCACAAUCAUCGGGACAACCCGGUCUCGUUUUUCCCGGCAAUUCAGUGUACCGUGGACCAGAUUCGUCGGGUCGACCCGGUCUCGUUUAUCCCGGCAAUUCAGCGUACCCUGGACCACAAUCAUCGGGACAACCCGGUCUCGUUUUUCCCGGCAAUUCAGUGUACCGUGGACCACAAUCAUCGGGACAACCCGGUCUCGUUUUUCCCGGCAGUUCAGUGUACCGUGGACCAGAUUCGUCGGGUCGACCCGGUCACGUUUAUCCCGGCAAUGCAGAGUUCCCAGGACCACAAUCAUCGGGUCGACCCGGUCUCGUUUUUCCCGAGUAUGGCGAUUCCUUGCCAGCUACUGCCGGCUUCAUACCGUCUGCUGCGUUGGAAGACUUCGAGGUGCACAACAAUCACAAUAUGCAGGGCUAUGGCGACUAUAACGAUUACUGA